AUGUAAUUAAAUUACGAAAUACUUCAAGAAAUUUAUUAGAGUAAAAAAGUGAGAAUAGAGAAAGUAAGAUCAAUGCAAGAUAACCAGACUUAUAUAUAAAAAACUUAUCUAUAAAAUAAAAAUGAAGGUAUGGUUUAUAAUGAUUGUGAGGAUUGAAUGCAAUUAAAAUGUUAGCUCAAAUUAAGAAUCAAUUUGUAUUGUAAGUAAUUGAAUAUCUUGAAAAUGAAGAACAAUAAUUAGUUAUAAUAUAAGAAUAUUGUGAUUAAGGUGAUCUUAAAACUUUUACUUUACAACACAUCGGUUACAAAAUGUAAGAAAGCAUAAUUUGGUCACUCUUUUUAUAAAUGGCAUAUGCUCUCUUAUAAUUAAAUGAACUUGGUAUAUAACACAGAGUAUUAAUUCCUGAGAAUAUUUUACUAUUAGUAAGAACUGAAGGAUAUUAAAUUAGAAUUACAGAUUUCCAUAAAUCUUCUAGAUAAACUCUUUGUUAAUUACCUUGUGCUGCUAUUUAUUUACCAUAUGAAUAUUUUUUUGAAGGACAUUAUACUUAAAAAUCACAUAUUUGGUAAAUUGGUCAUAUCCUUUAUUUUAUGGUUUCAUAAAAAUUACUAUUCCCAACAACAACUCUAGAAAAUCAAGUUAAAGAAUAAUUAAGAAGAGGUCGAAUAUAAAUUAAUAUACCUGAUAUAUAUUCUCCAGGAUUAAUAAAACUUAUUAAUGUCUGUUUGACAAUAAGAGAAAAUUAAAGACCAAAUAUUUUAUAAAUUUUAAGAAUGAAAGAAGUUAAAGAUGCUUUGACAAGACCAUAUUAUGAAUUUUCAUUAGAUUAAAGGAGACAUCUUAUGUAUUGGAUUAAUAGUUCAGAAACUGCUAUAUCAAAUCCAGUUUAAUUUAUAUUUAAUGAAUUUGAUUUACAUUCUCCUAGAUAAAUUCAAAGAGAUGUAGUAGUCAAAAAGAAUUUCAAAAAUACUAAAUUACCUGAAAUAUUUUAAUAAAAUUAAAAUGCUAAAAAAUCAUCUACUGAUAGACUUCCAGAAUCAGAUUAUAUUAGAACAGAAACUAAAAGAAAGGAGGAUUUGUAUUUACAAUAGUAAUUGUUAUCAAAAACUUAUACAAAUAAGUAUUUCUAAGGUGUUGUUAAACCUAUAAGUUUUCAUAAAAAAAAAUAAAUUAAUAAUAAUACUGAAUUACCAAAAUUUUCUAUUCCUUAUUAAAAACAAUUAGAUCCUGUAUUUCAAAAUCUUUUAGAAAAUAAAAAAUAAUUAUGUGAUCGAUGGAUUGGAGAAUCUGAAUAUAUGUUUUUAAGAUCAUAAAUUAAAUUUAAUGUAAUAUUUCAUAAUAAAAAAAUAGAAAACUGAUAAAUUACUUAAUUAUUUGUAAACAAGGCAUCCAAGAGUUGAUAGUAGUGUUAUAUUGUAAUAAAUCAAUGAUAUUGCAGAUUUAGAAGAAUAAAGAAGUUUUUAUAAAAAAUUAUGA